UUAACAAUUAGGAGCUAAUUACGUGCUAAUUUAAGGAUUAUUUCUCAUUUUUAUAACAAGUACACAUAUUAUUCCAAUUAAGUUAAAAGUGAAGACAUAAAUUGAUUCCUGUGAGGCAAAACAGAAAGGAAACAAAUUAUUUGCUUUUGUGUUUAUAUUUUGGAUCAAUAAGAAAAAAGAAUGAGAAUAUAAUAACAAGAGUUCCGCUACAUAUAAAAAGGAAAAGGAACUAAUUAGUGAAACAAUUUCAGUUUUAGAUGCUAUAAGUGUUUAUUGAACAGAACCAGUAACUAAUUUUAAGUUCAAUUUUAGUUCCAAUUAUUUAUUUUCAAUUCCAAAAAAAGAGUAAUUUUUGUGUAAACGAAAAAGAAAAGUUUAAAAAGUUUAAGAAAGUGCUGCUAGUUUUUAUUUAUUUUAUAUCGUACCCAAAUAAGCAUCCUUACGUACAUUCUAAUUAAUUUAAGUGUGAGAAGAAUAGUCAAUACCUUUAUAGACAACUCACAGAUUUUUGCUUUUUGAUUCUACUUCGUAACUAUAACCAAAGUCUAAUUUGUUCUUAAACAAAGAUAUCCUUCAAACAAGGAGAUUUAUAAGAAGACGAGUGAAAUCUAGUAAUAAUUAAUUUAUUUCGCACCUAAUUUAUUUAAUUUAUUUAAACAAAAAACGGUCUAGUUUCUAAAAUUAAAAUUCCAAAUUAAAAUAAAAUUUGUAAAAGUACAAAAAAAAGUCUGAAGCGUACCAAAUUUGUAAGCAGUGAGAGUACUAAAAGCAAAAUAUACCAAAAAAAAAAAAAUUCAAAAGUUUUAAAAGGAAAGACAAUAAGAAGAAGCAAAUUUCGAAGCAACAAAACGCAAUCAAUCAGCAUAAACCAAAAAAAAUAUAAAAGUGAGGGAAAUAAAAGUGACCGACAAGAUAAAAAAAAGUACAAAUUAUUAAAUUUAAAUCACAAAUUUCAAUCAACAACCGUACCGUGCCCAUCGAGAAACAUUCUUCAGUUAUACAAAUUUAAUUCGUGUAUGGAAGUUACCAAAAGAAAUUUUCUGAAAGAAAGUUUUUUUAUUUUACGAAAAAAAAGUUAAAAAAGAUUUGAAUAUUUUUAAUAAUAAUACGAAAGUGGAAGCAAAAACUUUUAAGAGAGCCAGAUUGUAUACCAAAAAAAUUUUUUAAUUCAAUGUAUAUUUUAUGCUAAAAAAAUAAUACGUGAAAAUUUUUAUCAGGAGACAUACAACAAAAAAAGAAUUUUAAUAUAUUUCAAAUAAUAUUAAAAAAAAGUGUUCAAAUUUUAACUGUAGUGAAACGAGAGCUGACAACAUUUAACGAAUAUUUUUGCUACCUCAAAGAAAUACAACAAGAGUCAAAAUAUUUAUCAGAAAAUUUUUAUCGCGCAAUAACUGUUGAAACUGAAAAAAUAUUAAAGCAUUUUUUUUUAUGGUAAUUAAAACAUGUAGCAUAUUUUGGAUGGAAUAUAAUUCAUAAAAAAAGAUAUUAACAAAGAAGCAAAAGGAUAGAAUUAAGCAACAAAAAUGAUGAGUGCUGCCGCACCGCAGACGGCAUCCACUACAUCGGAUGAUCCGUCAGAAAGCGGUUUACCUCAAUUUACAACAUUUCAAUCAGCAGAUUUGGAAGCAACGUGGGAAUAUUAUGAUAGAUCUGUUGUGGCACAUCCAGUUAAUGAUUUAUCAUCAUCAUCAAAUAGUUAUACGAGGCCAUGGGAAAUGGAGAGUAAGGAACAUCAACAGCAACAACAACAGCAACAAGCACAAAUUCAUCAACGUGGAUUUGAGCCGUUUCCAAAACUGCCUUCAUUCCAAAGUCAAUUUCAUUCAUUCGCUGAUAACGUAUUGGUACCGGAACCAAGUCUACCAGCUCAGGUGACAGCUGUUCCAGUUCCAAUUUCUCCAUCGUCUGCAUCACCAUCGAAUGGAGCAUUGACACAAUUAACACAGUUAACGACAACCCCGCUCACACCUUUACAACCGCCAUUGGGAUCAUUGCCUCAUACAAAUUUCCAUCAUACGUUGACAGCUGUUAAUGUAAAUACACCACGUGGUUAUCCAUUAGUUCCUGCACCCAUUCAAGCACGCGACAUUCCAACAAUUCAGCAACAAUACAUUGAUGAGCGUCACAUUCAAUUAUAUCAACCGAUAACGACAACAGCAACAUUCCAUCAUCCAGCACCACCUCAACCUUUACAAUCUGGUGUCGUAACAGUAUUGAAAAAUGAAUCUGUCAAUUAUGAUCUCAAAAAUGGACUGCAUCAUCACAAUUCGUCAUUCCAAAAUGCAUCGUUAAUGGAUACAAGUAAUAAUAGUUAUAUGGAUACAAGUAAUGUUAUUGGAACGCCAAAGACAAGCAAUAAAAUUAAUAUGAAUGGAAAUGGAAAUACACCACAUGCAAAAGAGACGCGGAAGAAAGAGAGACGAAAAAUUCGGGCGGGAUCGUUAGAGUCCAGCACUGAGUCGGAUGCAAGCAGUGCGAUGGAUAUUGAUGGAGCAAAUGGAAAUCCACAAGUUGCUGCCGUCUCUAGUACAGAUAAUUUUAAAUCACCAAUGCAUCCAGGCAUGGAUAAUAGCAACGAUCAUAUGAGCACUGGAGAGAAGCAGAAACAAAAGAAGAGAAAGCGCUGUGGUGAAUGCACCGGAUGUCAAAAGAAAGACAAUUGUGGAGAAUGUGCUCCAUGUCGCAAUGAUAAAAGUCACCAAAUUUGCAAGCUGCGUCGCUGUGAGAAAUUAACAGAAAAGAAGAUAAUUUAUUCCGCUGAUGGCACAAUUUUGCGAGGUGAAUCCCGUCGAGGUCGUGGAAAAGGAAGAGGUGGCGGGGUGAUGAAAAAUUUACCACCAACAAUGCGGGAGGGAAAGAAAGCUAAGACAAGUGGUCGAGGUCGUAAGGCAUUGAAUUUAGGCGGUGUUGUAUCACCGCGUAAUUCUGUAAAAAAUCAACAACAAGCAUCGUCAAGUCCAGCACCGGCAGCUGUACCACAACCCUCACCUAAUCAAGCAAGUGCCAGUCAACAUACACCGACAAAUCAGCACCAAACAAAUUUGAUUGGCGUUGCAGCGACACAAAUAACCGCACAACAACCACAUCAUCAGCAACAUCAAGCAAAUAUUCAACAAAUUCCGUCAUCAACUGCUCAAACCAUGAAGGAACAACCACAGCAACCAAUGAAUAAUUAUCUGAUGGUCAAUUACGUUAAGGCACCAAUGGCAUUCUAUCCAACAUGGCAAACAGCAACUGCCGCAACAGCCACAACAGAUCCAUCACAGACGUGGCAAAAUCAAUUUAUUCAACAAAUACCAUCACAGAAUGGCGGUACAACAGCGUCUGUUGCUACUGCAAUUGCGCCAUUAAACUCACUCGACUUUCAGCCUCAGGGCUAUGCAUAUCCAAACGGUUAUGUACAGACAACCGGUCUUCAGUUCGAUCCAAACAGCCCGUACAGUCGUACCGCAACAACAGCCUAUAGUUCACCAGCCAUUCAACGUUAUGAGUUUCAAGCACAACAAAUCACACCAAUAAAUCAAGUGUCAUUACAGAGUGUUAGUUUUGCGCCAAAUGUUACAGCAUAUAGUCAAAUCGCAAGUCCGACAGUGCUGUUGAAUCAUCAACAACAUCAUUCACAUUAUGCAGCACAUCAGCAACCGUCACAUUUAGAUCAAUUGAAUAAUAAGCAAAUGACAAUGUCAUUGACAACGUCAUCGGGAAACGAAAUGCCUGGCUAUCCACGAGUGAACAGCGUUCCGCCGCGCUCACUCAACUGUAAUGGAUACCCAGGCUUGGGAGAAUAUGGCGGAAAUUCCAUUAAUACAACAGCAAAUAAUCAAUCAACAACAAACACAUCGACUGCAUCAUCAAAUCAGAUGCAACCACCUGCGUCCUCGAAUACACAAUCGCCUAGUCGUCAACAACCAUCACGGCCAAAUUCAUCAUCAAAUCAUUUAUAUCAACAGCAAUCGCCAAGUCAUUUCAAUAAUAAUAAUAAUAAUAAUGGCAUUCAUAUGAGUCCAACAUCACAGGCACAAUCGCCAUCAAGUCAUCAUCAUGGUGGAUCCACAACGCCAAAUAAUAAUCAACAUUAUCCAACGAGUGGCAUGAUAACGCCUACAUCACAUCAUCAACAGAUGCAAGAUGGCUCACAAGAUUGGAAUCAAAAUGCCUGGAAUGGAAGUCAGCAUGGCGAAAUGUUUAAUCAAUCUGAUCGAAUAAAUUUGAAUACGCGGUUAAAAACGAUGAUAUUGAAUAAGAAUGACAAGGAUCAGCAGCAGCAGCAACAAUCAACAGCAUCAACAUCCUCGACCGGUCAUUUUUUAUCGUAUAGCCACCAGCAUCUCCAAUCAUCUACUGAAUCAGCACAACAACAGCAACAACAGGCUCAACUCAGUAGUGAUAAUUUGAGUAAUAACAGCAGCAAUAAUAAUAAUUUACCAUUAAGCAGUAAUAACAAUAAUAAUAAUAGUAUUGAGAGUAAGAUUACUGACGCAGGAGAUGAUGGUGGCUUCAAAAUGAAUGAUUCAUGGAAAUCAUCGAUAAUUAAGCAAGAGCAAGAGCAUAGUAGUAAGCAACAGCAACAGCAGCAGGAUUUUUUUGAGCAUAAGCAGCAGUUAAAUGAAAAAAAUAUUGGUAUUGAUCCGGGUGGAGGUGGAGGAAGUAGUAGCAAUAAUAGUAGUAGAGAUAUACAAGAAGAGAGCAGCUCAAAAGAACCCAAAGCCAUUGACAAUUAUUCGAGUAAUAACAAUGGUAAUAAUAAUGAUAACAAUCAACAUACAUAUCCAUCAGGCGGCGGCAGUAGUAGUGAGGAAUUCUCAGCCACGUUGCCAAAAAUCGAAAAAAUAUCCUCACAUGAGAAUAAUAAUGAGCAUGAAAAGCACAGUUAUGCAUAUAAUUCGGCACAUGAGUAUCAGCAGCAUCAGAAUAUGGUGAAUAAUAUUAAGAAGGAAAUUGGCGAUGAGACAACGCCAAAUAUCAAGUACGAUGGUUAUGAGAAAAACUAUCAGAAUUUUAUACGCUAUGCGGAUUUUUGUGAUGCACAACAGCCAGGUCAAUAUCAGGAUCAUCAAAAGCAGCAAUCACAAUACCAGCAAGAUUAUAUACAACAUCAAUCUCAAGGAUAUAGUGCAUAUAAUUAUCCAUAUCAAAAUUAUCCACAUCAUCCGUCACAAAAUUAUCCACAACCGCAUGCACAAAAUGCAUACCAACCGUUUAUGAGUCAACAAGCUGCAUAUCAACAACAUGGACAUCACCCGCAUCAUUCGACAAGUUUGACUAAUUUUGAACAACAAAUACCACUGCAUACAUAUCCAAUACCAAAACACUCAUCAUCAGCUCCAACGUCCAUUUCCUCGUCGCCAUCUAUCUCAUCAUCUAAGCAUGGUGAAUCAAUUCAUCCAUCGGCGACACCUCCCAUCAUUAAAACCGAACAAUCUAAUUCUCUACAUCCGUAUCCGUUUUUGAGUGAGAAUAUGGCAGCAGCAGCUGCAAUAUCAUCUGGUAUUAAUAAGGAUAAUGUCGGUAUUGGACAGCAUUAUUCAUCUUCACGACCAAUUAAUCCAAUUAAUGAAGUACCUAUUGAGAACUCUUGUAACACAACACCGACCAAAGAACAAAGCAUAAAAGAGGAAGUUACGGAAGAAGAGACAACACCAGUGUCUGAAGUGAAGAUUGUAACAACACAAAGAUCAACGUCAUCCUCCACAUCAAGUCGUAGUAAGAAGCAAGCUGUAAGGGAUAUGUAUAAUGAGAGAAAUAAUAAGCCCGAAGUACCUGAAUGUGAUUGCUUUUCUUCGGAUAAGAAACCACCAGAACCGGGAAGCUAUUAUACACAUUUAGGUUGUGCAUCAACAGUUGCUGAGCUUCGUAAAGAAAUUGAGCAACGUGCUGGAUUGACUGGCAAGCAGUUGAGAAUCGAAAAGGUUCUCUACACUGGCAAGGAAGGAAAAUCAACUCAAGGAUGUCCCACAGCUAAAUGGGUCAUUCGACGAGUCGAUCCAGAGGAAAAAGCUUUAUUCAUUGUUAAGAGACGCCAAGGCCACCGAUGUAGGGCUGCAUUUAUCGUGAUAUCCAUUGUGGUUUGGGAUGCUAUGCCAUUAAUUGAAGCUGAUAACAUGUAUAAGCUUUUGGUUCAUAAGUUAAAUAAGUUUGGCUUACCAACAACGAGACGUUGUGCUACUAACGAGAAUAGAACAUGUGCUUGCCAAGGUAAGGUUUCUACUGGCAAUUUUUAAAUAAAAAGGGUGUUUAGCUACAUUAAGUUUCAAAGGGGUGUAAAACUACAUUAUGUUUCAAAGGGAUGUGAAACUACAUGAAUUUCAAAGGGUGUGAAACUACAUAAAAUUCGAAGGGUGUGAAACUACAUUAAGUUUUAAAGAGGGUGUGAAACUACAUGAAAUUCAAAGGGUGUAAAACUACAAAAAAUCUAAAACAGUUGCACACCCUCCAAAUUAUAACCACAAAAAUCCAUCUCGAAUAACAUAAAAUAUUCCAUUUCGUCAAUAGGACUUGAUCCGGAAACAUGUGGUGCUUCAUAUUCAUUUGGUUGUUCGUGGUCGAUGUAUUAUAAUGGCUGUAAAUACGCACGUUCAAAGACAGUACGAAAAUUUCGAUUAUCGGUAAAGAGUGAGGAAGCGGAGAUUGAAGAACGUAUGAAUAUUAUAGCAACCAUCUUAAGUCCAUUAUAUAAGACGAUAGCACCGAAAGCAUAUGAUAAUCAAGUGCAAUAUGAAGUGGAAGCACCUGAUUGUCGAUUAGGAUUAAAGACAGGCAAGCCAUUUUCUGGUGUUACGUGUUGUGUCGAUUUUUGUGCUCAUACACAUCGUGAUUUACAUAAUAUGCAAGAUGGAUGUACAGUGCAAGCGACAUUAUUAAAACCAAGACCUUAUGGAAUGGCACCAGAGGAUGAACAGCUUCAUGUACUUCCGUUAUACACAAUGGAUGGUACUGAUGAGUUUGAUAGUGAGGAAGGACAAAAGAAGAAACAUGAAACCGGAGCAGUUCAAAUACUUGAGAAAUUUCCAACAGAAGUUCGUGUCCGUUCGACACCAUUACAGCCAUGUCGACGUCAUGGCAAAAAACGUGGUAAUGAAAAGGACCCAGAGGGUAGUGAAACACCACAGAUUUCUCAGCCACUUACACCCGUUCCAGUACCACAACCAAUCAUUCAAACCCCACCUCCACAGCCAACAAUAUCAAAAGAUUCAAAAUCUAAAUCACGAAGUCGAAAAUCAAGCACGUCUCGUUCACAAACACCUGUCAAUCAAACCCAAUUGACUCCACAAACGCCAACAAUACCGUCACAGAACAAUCAAGGCCAGAGCGCAUUUUCAACUCCCACUCAUCCACAGCAGGCUGCUAAUAAUCAACAACAACAACAACAACCACAGCAGCAGCAGCCGCAGCAACAAACACAAAUACCUGGAAAUGGCAGUAAUACAAGUACGUUAUUGGAUAUGGCAUCAAUGAUUGAUAAUUUCACUGAUGCACAGCUUCAAUCGAAUCAAAUAUCUAGUACUGUUUUAGAUUCACCAUAUUCUUAUGAUUAUCAAACCGGUCAAUAUAUUGAUAAUCGACAAUAUCAUUAUCAAUGGCAACAAGACUAUAAUAAAUUACGUGGUGAGGAGAUAUCGCCAGAUACAACAACGAGGCCCGGUAGCAGUAAUAGUAGCACAAAUAGUAGUUCAGCAUUUAGUCCAAAUAUACAACAGCAGAGUCAAGGAUUAUACGAGUCGAACAAUAAUAGUCUUACGAAUGGUUUAAUUAAAGAUGAAUAUAGCAAAGGUCAGCAAUAUCAUCAAUUAGAGACGGCAUUUGUAAAGCCAAAGGCGCCUGAAUAUAAUCCACAAGGUUAUGGAAAUUAUACACCUCAUCAGCCUGUACCUCAACAUCCAAAUAAUUAUAUUGGAUAUUCAGCAUAUCCCUACGAUCCGUAUGCAUACAAUAGUUAUAGUAAUUACUCAUCAAAUUAUCCCUCCUAUAAUAUGGGAUAUGGUCAGCCAACAGCUCAAUCAAAUUGGGGAUUAUAUCCACAAACAUCACCAAUGGGACCGACAGCAACGCCCGUAAUUCCAGCUCAUUUUCCACCUCAAUCAGUACUUGGUCCACCAACAGCGAUGAAUCCACCGCCACAAAAAAUAACGGAAGUAAUUGGCGAAGUAACAGAAGUCAAUGAUAAUGUCGAGUGCUUUCAAGACAAACAAAUGGGAGGUGUGGCAGUUGCACUACCUCAUGGCAGUGUCGUCAUUGAGUGUGCUAAAUUAGAAAUGCAUUCAACGACUGCAUUAAAGAAGCCAAAUCGAUUGAAUCCAAAUAGGAUUUCAUUGAUUUUCUAUCAGCAUAGGAAUCUCAAUCGACCGAAGCACGGAACAUGUGAAUGGGCUGAGAAAAUGAGAUUAAAGAAAUUAGGAAUUACAACGCCUGAAAAUGAUCCUGAUUUGAGAGAACUGUUAGAAGAAGAUGAUAUGAAGCAAGAAUUUAUGGACGAAGAUGAAGAUUUGCCACCAGUUAUGCCAGCAAAGCCAGCCAAAAGGUCACGAUCGAGAAAAGACAAGCAUCCCCCACAUAAUAGUGAGGAUAAAAUAAUUUCCAGUACAUUUUCGCCAAAAACAAAAGCGGAAUCAAACAGAGGCAAAUCACAUCAACAUAAUAAAGCGAAUACAUUGACAACAACAAGUUGGACAACAUUAUUCCCAAUGCAUCCAUGUGUCGUUACUGGUCCAUAUCAUGAGAAUUCGCCUACACAGCAACUCAAAAGUCCAUCGACAACAAAUCCAUCGUCGCCGAGCUGUGAUGCCAUACAAGAUCCAUUAGCAUUGUCUACUAGUCCGCCUGAGCAUCACAAUCCUAGUACUUGAUUUUUAUCAUUAAAAGUCUAUUAAAAAUUAUGAUGGGAUGACAGUACAAACGCACACACAGAUGAUGGAUGGUACUCAAUAUGUAAAAAAAAACAAGCUCAAAAAUUGCUUUAAAAACUCUUUUUUAAGCUUUCUUCUUUUAAAGCUCUGCGAAACACAAAAAAAUUAUUGUAAAAGAAAGCGAAUCGAUACCUCUAAUUUUUUCAAUUAAUCUGCUGCUUAAGUCUGAAAGAAUUUUAUAAAUGACAUCUACAAAAGUAUUUAAUGCUCUAUGCUCUUUAGAUAUUGGUUGAAAGAAAUACCAAAAAAAAAUUAUUUUUACAUUUUUUAAGGAUUUAAAAAUUGAAAGUGAAAAAAAUUCUAUAUUUAAAAAUUGUUUAAUGAGAUUUUCAUUACUUUUAAAAAAAAAACUUUAAAGUUUAAGUAACAUUUUUCUCUUUCCCUACUUUAUCUUCUUAAGCUUCUCUCUCUCUAUCUCAUUUGUAUAUAAAUAUUUUUCAACAUUAUUUUUUUAACGAAUUAUAUAAAUAAUAUUAUAAAAAAAAAGAAUGAAAAAUGCAAAAAUGUCUUAUUGAUUUUUCUUUGCGUCGUCGUCGUCGUAGUUCGUUAUUGCUGUACAUGCAAGUAUAUAACACAGAAUUAAUAAGACAUUGUUGCAUAAUUUAUUCACUAUCAUGAUAAUUGUUUGAACAAAAUUCUUUUUUCAUGCUCGAAAAAAAAUAACCGCAGAGAGAAACUCAUUUUUUUGAACACGUUUUGGAGAAAAAAUGAUCCGUAUCUAUAAAUUAUUAACAUUAUUAUUAUUAUUUCGUUCGGAUUCAUUAAUUUAAAUUAUUUUUUGACACGAUUUUUUUCUUUAUUAACACUGGAAUUGAGGUUGUUUGGAAUUUUAAGCUUCGAUAAAUUUACAUUUUUGCUGAUUUAUUGAGAUUAAAGCUAUGAUGUACAUUAUUUUACAAAGGUCACAGUAAAUUCAUGCACUCAUAGAAAAAAAGUAACAAAAUGUUUGUAACUUGUAUGGAAAAUGUUAACAAACAAUUCGUUAAAAUAGUGUUUACGAACUUAUUUGUUAAAUUUAACCAAAUUAUUUGUAAGGUUGAAUUGUUAACUAUAAAAAUUGUUAAUUUAACAAACUUUUUGUUAAAUUUUUUUUUACAGAAAAAAAAAACAAAUUUUCGGUUAAUAUUAACCAGAAAAUUGUUAAUUUGGUCACCCAUCUUAUUUUAAAAUGUUUUCGUGGUUGCUUAACUUCUAAAUUCCUGUUGAUGAUCCGCUAGUCCGCUGCUUGUAAACUUUUAAUAAUAAAAAGAUGAUUCAGAACCAAUAUAAAUAAUUCUUUAAAAAAUAUAUCCAAAUUUUAAAAUUAAUUAAUGAAUAAUAAAAUAGAAAUGUAGGAAUUAAAAAAAUGAACAAAUUUAAUUUUUAAAUUACGAUUUGGUUUGUAAAUCAUUAUUUUCCAAAACAAAUUACAAAUAAAAACAUUGUAACAAAUGUUUUGUUAAAAUUAACAAAUUAAUUUGUUAAACAAAAUCAACAAAAUUCAAUUUAAAACAGUUUUCUUGUUAAAAAUAACACAAUAAAUUAAUGGGAAUCAUUUGAAAUUAAUCAAACAAGAGUUUUGAAUACAAGAAUUAAAAUUUAAUUAAAUCAAUUAUCAACAAAUAAAUUUGUUGAUUUAACAAACUCAAUUGUAAAAUUUUUAACCAAUAGUUUGGUUGAAAUUUUUUUUACCCAUGCAAACUUAACCAAUAAUUUGUUAAACUAGUUUAACAAACAAAUAACAAAUAUUAUGGUUACUUUUUUUCUAUGAGUGUGUGUACAUUUUACGUUUCUUUUGCUAAUUGACAUUUCUGAUGUGUAAACUUAUUUUGCAUCCAAAAAAGCCAAAAUUUUUGAAUACAAAUACACUUUUGUGUAUUUCUUACUCAUCUUUACAUCGGUCACUGUAAAUUUAAGUAACUUUUCUUAUAUUUUUGGUUUUAAAAUGCAUUUUUAAUUGUGAAAUUCAUUUUAUUACUCACAUUGAUGUGUAAAAUUAGAAUACAUUAAAAUUGAUAUGUAAAUUAAGUACGUCAAAAUUGAUGAGUAAAAACUUACAAAAGUCAAAUCUGAUAUGUAAAAAUUAGAUUCAUGUGUAAAAUUGACGUGAGCCUAAAGUUGAUAUGUAAAAAAUACAAACGUACUUUUUCAUAUGUAAAAAUUCAAAUUUUGACAGUUAAUUUUCCACGUUUCAUACAAAAAUCUAAAGUUUAAAAAAACAUAAGCAAUUAAAAAUCAGUUAACAAGUUAAGUCCUCCAAAGUUGGCAAAAGAAACAAAAAAAAUCUCAAUUAAAUCAGCAACAAUUGCAAAGAUUAUUCCAGGCAAUUAUCCUCAACAAUCUACAAUUUCCAUCCUGUAUUAUUUACUAUUAUUUAUGAUAAUUUAUUACAAGUAUUUAAAAAAAAAGAUGAAAAAAGAAGAAGAAAGAGAAAUUUUUUUAUUAUUAUUUUUGUUUUCAUGGAAGUAAAAAAAAUUGCUUUGGCCAUAAAUAAAAUAAAUAAAGAAGUAUUUGUAACAAUGCUAUAAAUCAGAAUUGAAAAUUUUUAAUACUCAACAUAUGAAAUGAGGAAAAAUGCAUGCGGCACAGAAUGAAGUAUGCAUUUCAUGUAAAUAAUCUGCUGAUUUCAUCAUCGAUUGCGAAGAGAAAAUAAAAACGAGAGAAAAAAAGUCGAAAAUCUUUAAUGAAAGAAGGCUAAUGUAACAUUCCUUGCUAAAAAGACAUUCGAGAAAUCCACACACAAAAGUUCAAUCAAAUGCAUUCUCCGCAAAAAAAGGAUUAAAUUUUUUAACAUUCCAGCCAAUGUUCUGCAUUUUAUGUUUUUCUUGUUGUUGCCUCCUUUUAAUAAUAUUUUAGUAAACUUGUACUCAAAAUUCCAUUUCUCAAGACUGACGUUAUUAUAACAAUGUGAAUAAAAUAUUAAGAAUAAUUUCCUCUUUUUUUUUCUUUUUUUUUGGUCGUCGUCAUUUUUAAGAAGAGUAUAAGAAUAAAGUAUUUUAUAAUCCGAGAACCAUAUCGAGGGACAUUUUUUUUGAAAAAAUAAUCAUGGAGGAUGGAAGCUUUGAGCAGGGAAUUAUAUUUGCACAACUUUUUGCAGUUAUGCAUGUUCUUGAUUUUCAAAAAUUUUUAAAUAAAAUAGAGAAAAAUAAAGUUUUCAUCUGGGUCAUGAGAAUAGUUUACUGUCAAAAAUAACUUGUAGGAAGCUGUGCUGGGAAUUUUUAAUUCGAUCGAUACUGCAAUUUUGAAGUUCAAUAGUUGAUGUUCUUGAUCAACUCAUGGCAAUGAUAUUUGGAUUGGCAAUCGUUUGACAGUCAAUUUCAAGAUGUACAGAUCUGAUUGGGAACUGAAAUAUAAAAAUUUUAUUGAUUUCAAACAAUGACAAAGAUGCAAAAAUGAUGCAGAAACUCAAACUGCUUUUUAAAAUUUGAAUACUGUCGAACUGCAUCAAUGCUGCGAGUUCAAAAUGAAGCAAAAGUCAAUGGAUUUUUAAUUUAAAAGAUGCAGAAAAUAAACAGAAGUUAAAAAUUUGAAUUCACUCAAAAAAGAUUCAAUAUUUGAAGCAAAAGAAUUCAAAUUUAACUGAAAAGUGAAGCAAAAUAUCAAAUUUUAUAAAUCCGUUAGUAAAAAAUUAAGAAUCAUUGCAUCCAAAAAUAGCACAAAAUGCAACAAUUUAAAUUCAUUCAGUUGAAAUCCAAUCAAGACAGUAAUUGAAAAUUCCCAAAAUAGCAAAAUUGACUUUCAGAAAAUUCUCUAUAAAAACAUCUCAAAAAAAUAACAAGCAGCACAAAAACUCUGGAGAGUAAAAAAAUAUUUUUUCAAUAAAUUUUGAUUGAAAUUUUUUUUCUUUAUGCUCCCUCAAAUUGCAAACUGUCUCAAGUUUCUCAUUCUCCCAUUUCUGAUAUUAAAAAAUUCCAUCAUUACAUAACAUUAAAGUAAUGUUCACAUACAUGCCAUGAUUUUUGCUUAAAAAAAGUUUUAUAUAAAUGCAUUCUCAGCCUUAAUAUUCCAGCCAUAAACUUUUUUCAUUAAAGAUUUUUUGUCUUCUCUCCCCAAUGUGAGUGAUAUGAUGAAUAAAAAAAGAAGGAAAAGAAACAUUUUUAACUAUUUAAGACAAAGAAAGGAAGGAAGGAUGAAUUAAUGAUAAAUUAUAAGUGACAGACACACAUGUGUGUGCUGUAAUGAAAAGUUUGCUUUUCUGCUCCAAAAAAAAAAAAACUUCCUUAAAUGCUGCAUUUUUGAAGGAAAUGAGGACAUAAAGAUGAUGAGAUUGUCACAUAUAUUAUACAUAAAAAAAUGAUUAGAAAUAGUCAAACAUGUUUUUUUUUAUUAGAAUUGAGGAAAAAAUGUGAAGAUUUUUCUCACAAAUACACACACAAAAGACAGAUUUUUUCACACACAUACACACACAAAAAACUAUAUACAAGUUAAACAUACAAUUUUAAUUAAUAAUAAUUAUUGAAACUAUGACGUAAAAAAAUGAUGAUAUAUAUAUUUUUUGAAAAGGAUGAAAACGUAAGGUUUUGGAUGAUGAAGAGAUUCCGAACGAUGAAAUGGAAAUAAUUGAUGAAGUUUAUAGUCAUUUUAAAGAUUAGUGAACAUUUUAUUCUUAAUUAAGGAGCCUGAAUAUUAUUGCUCCUUCUAUUUAUUUAAUUAUAGUUUCAAUAAGAACUACGUAACGUAUUAUAUGAUAAGGGAAAUAAUGAUUGGAUAAUCAAAAAAAAAAUAUGAAAAAAAUUAUUGAAGAAUAUUGCCAUAAUAAUUAAAAAAACAUAAUAUCUAAUAAAUAUUAAUAAUGAUAAUGACCUGUUUCAGAUAUAAGAAGAAAAUUAUAUCCCUUCAUUAUUUUCAUCUCUAUAUAUUGCAUCCAUUCAUUCAUUUUUCAUUUUCAUUCAUCUUAAUUCAGGCGUUGAUGUUGCUUGAAAUUAUAUUAAGAAAAUUUGACUGAUUUUUUUGAAAUUUUUGAAUUGAAAACCCUUCAAAUUCUUGAUAUUUGUGAGGUUUUUGAAAACAUUUGUAUGGUUCUCAAGAACUUCAUUCAUUAAAAAUUUGUAUGGUUUUGAAGCACGUUAUUUCGAAAACCAUUCAAAUUCAAAAUAAUUUGUAAGGUUUUGAACGAAAAAUUCAAAAAUCAACGGUUUUCAUGCAACAUCAACGCCUGCCUGAGCUGGACUAAAACAUAGUUUUUUGUAAAAAGAUUACUGUAAACGCAUUAUUAAGCAUUUUAAACAAUAAAUGAAGAAAAAUAAAGAAAGAAAUGAUGCCAAAAAAUGUAGGAAAAGAUUUUUUUCGAUGUUCCAGAGAAAUAAAUAAAAAUGAAAUUUAAAGCAAUUUGCAAAAAAAAACUUUUUAGAAGACAUGAAAAAUUGGUUAAUAUGAAACUUUUAAUAGAAUAAAAAUUCUUUUUUAAAUGAAAAUAUAAAAAACUAUGAAGAAGAAAACAAUCAUUUCCGAAAAAAUUUAUGCAAAAAAAGAGGAUAAGCUGUUAGUAAUAUAUUACUUUAUAGACGUAAUAUUAAUUUACACACAGAAAAAAAAAUCUAAUGGAAGUGAAAAAUGCUUAAAUAUUAAAUUUAAACAUCAAUGAAGAAAUAAAGUAAAAAAAUUGAACAUAAAACAUUUUUGCUUGUAUUUUAUUGUCUUUAUCUACAAUUUAUUAUUUCUAAUAGUUUUUUAUAGUCUUUCAGAGGCCAAUUUGAUAUUCUAUUAAUUCCUUUUUGUAUUUCAGUUUCUGAGCAGCAGUUAUUGGAAGCAGUCAGAGCUACUUGUUGAGUAAUGAAAUUUUAUUUUUUACUAUUUUCAGCUUUUUUAAAUAUUUUUCUAGGAUAUGUCUAAUCCUGUAAGCGUGUUCCCAAGUUCUGGUGAGUUCAGCCUUUCCAUGAGCUUGCUUACAACUAUCCUUUUAAUUUCCUGGUGACAUUUGUUUUCUUAUAAUUUUGUACCUAAGGAGUUUUUUGCUCUGUUGAUUUUAAAGCUUUGAAACUUCAUACUUAGCUAUUCUUCGUUAAAUUACAUGAUUCUAACAUAGAGUCAAUGCAACUUCUGAGUCAAUUGAGGAAUAUCGUUUAAAUGUGUUUUCUUAUUGAAUUAGCGUCUUCUGACUCCUUCCAAAAAUAUACCCUUGAACGUGCUCAAGACUUUUUCUUAUUCAAAUACUGAAUAACUUUAAAAUCCAAUUUUAAUAAUUUGACUAACUAUAGUGAUUUACAGGGGGUCUUCGAUCUGCAUAACUGCUUGAAUCUAUAAGAAUUGGAAUUUGCAGAUUAAAUUCUAAACACAUUGAACACAAAAUUCCAGUUCCUACAAAUGUUUUGAGCUAUGUAAAUCGAGAAUCCCCAGCAAUUUGUUUAUAUUUUUCUAAAGGAUGAGAUGAAAGCUAAGAUUCAUUUAUAAUAUGUGUAUGUAGGUGGUAAAGGAGUCGUAUAGCAAUAAUUUGAACAUUAGUGAGGCUUUGGUUUAUGACCAUCAACAUAAAAGUUCCUCGUAGCCUUCGGCAAUUCAACUUUCAGUCCUUCCAGUUCCUUUGUUAGAAUAAUUUGACAACCUAAGCGAGAAUUUUCCUUUAAGAACGGUGCCAUGUCUAAGAGAUCAUCUUCCUUCUCUUCAGCAAACGGAAGUUUAUCAUAAUAAUCAUCCAGCACAUAGCAAUGACAUGUUGUACAUGCUAGAGAAGCCUCACAUGCUCCUUCCAUCUCGAUAUCAAAUCGAUGAGCUAAAUACAGUACAUUAUCACCUACUUUACCUCGAACGUCUAUUGAUCUUCCUGCUUUAUCAAUGAAAGUCACAUUCACACUGCAAUUAAAUGAGUCAAUGCA